GCGUGAUUCCAGCUGGAAAUCUAGAAGUAAAGCCAGCUGACGUCAGUGAGUUUAAUUUCAAGUAGGAACGAGCAGCGAGUCCUGUGUCGGCGCGUUGUGGCCAAAGACGGAACUCCUUCACCUCAGCCGCCCUCGCUCCUGUUGACCUCUCGCUGCAAUGAAACAAGCGCCGAGACCCCCAGGCAACUACAAUUCCCAGCGUGCCAAGCGACACUACCAUACCCAGAACCCUUAGCGGUUACGGAAGCCGGGGCAGGGCCGCGGCGGCUCUCUUCUGGCAGAGUCCUCGGCUGGGGAGUUGGUCCGGGCCUCGAAAGGUCCGCGAGAGAAAGGUUCCCCUUUUCAGCGACGAGGCUGUCGUUCUCCGGCCUCUUCCCGGGUCGAGGCAUGGAGGCAGCGGCCAACUGCUCCCUCCGCGUCAAGCGGCUGCUUUUGGACCCCAAAUUUGAGGGGUACAAGUUGUCCCUGGAGCCCCUGGCCUCUUACCAAGUGCAGCUGGAGUCGCCUGUAGCAGAAGUUAAACUUCGAGAUGAUCAAUACACUUUGGACCACAUGCGUGCCUUUGGAAUGUACAACUACUUGCAUCUUGAUUCCUGGUACCAAGAUAACGUUUAUUAUGUUGAUCAACUUGGAAGAGUCAUGAAUUUAAGUGUCACACUGGACACUGCCUUAAAAAAGCCAAGAGAAGUAUUCCGGCUUCCUCGAGACUUGAUUGCUUGUGAUAAUCGUCUUUGUGCAUCAGUGCAUUUCACAUCUUCCACCUGGGCUACGCUUUCAGAUGGAACAGGAAGACUGUAUCUCAUUCAAACAGGCAAGCGUGGUAAUGGCUCGUGUGAAAAGUGGGAAAUACUAUUCAGUGAAGAAUUUGAAAGUCCCUUCAUUAUAGUUCACAGCAUCUCCUUCCUGCAGUCAGAUAUACAUUCAGUUGGUGUGUUACUCUUACGAGUAGAAAAAGAUGAAUCGGAUGUGCAAGGCAGUGGCUUCCACGUAUCCUUGGAAUGGGUUACAAUUGCAAAAAUGUCUAAGGAAGGUGAUCAAGGAUACGAAAUCGUCAAGAGACGAGUUCUUCAAGGAAAGUCCGUUCCUCAUUAUGCUGCCCUAGAGCCAAGUGGUGAUGGGCUAAUGGUCAUUUCCUACAAGCCUUAUGCAUUUGCACGGAGUGAUGAAAAUAAGCAGGAUGAAAGUGAAAAGGAGAAAGCAGAAGAAAAGAGAAAAGAGCCACUGUAUUAUUGGCAACAGACUGAAGAUGAUUUGACCAUCACUUUUCGCCUGCCUGAAGACUUCACCAAAGAGGACAUCCAGAUACGCUUUUCUCCAGAUCAUCUUAACAUAGCACUGAAAGAUCCUCUUUCUCCUGAAUUAGAAGGAACCCUUUUUUCAUCAAUCGAUCAUGAAAGCUCCACAUGGAUAAUUAAAGACAAGAGUUUAGAGAUUUCUUUGGUUAAAAGAGAAGAGGGACCUUUAUGGCCAGAGCUGAUCAUUGGUGACGCCCAGGGGGAAUACAUCAUGGACCCAGCGCAGAAUGCAGCAGUAGCUGAGCACCUGAUGCAUCUUACCUCUGAUGAAAUGAAUCCAGAUCCUACCAAAGAGAAUCCUCCAUGCAAUGCCCAGGAGCUGGAAGAGUGUGACAUUUUCCUAGAAGAUAGCACAAGUUUGUGCAGAUUUGAUGGUAACACCUUGAAUGUCACUCAUGUGGUAAAUCUUGGAAGCAACCAGUAUCUCUUCUCAGCUGUAGUUGAUCCUAAAGAAAUGCCAUGCUUCUGCUUACGCCAUGAUGUUGAUGCUCUGCUGUGGCAACCACACCCAGAUCAAGAGGACAAAUGGGAGCACAUUUCUACUUUCAAUGCGUUAGGUUAUGUGCAGGCAUCAAAGCAAGACAAGAAAUUCAUGGCCUGUGCUCCGAAUCGCUCGUAUUCUGCCCUGUGUGAGUGCCUGCGGCGAGUGUUCAUCUAUCGGCAACCAACUCCUCUGUCCACUGUGCUGUACAACAGAAAGGAGGGGAGGCAAGUAGGACAAGUUGCUAAGCAGCUGGUAGCAACUCUGGAGACCCAUGAUCCUGUUUUGGGAUUUCAGGCAACCAACGAGAGAUUAUUUGUUCUCACAACAAAGGUCCUGUUUAUAAUAAAAGUAUGCACUGAGAAUGAGUGACUAAAUAUAUCCUGUUAGCCUGAAUAAUGACUAUAUACAUUAGCAGUACAGAGGUCUGUUGCUAAGGGCAAAUGCAACAUGUCACGUGUACUAUUUUCUGAAGCUUGACCAAAACUUAUGUUCCUACUUUCCUUUGCGAGUUUUAAUUAAAUGGCUUAUUAUGUGUAGGAAAACCUCAAGUUGGUGCAAGGAUGGGUUUUUUUGCCCUUCAAAUGCAAAUGCUGAGCAAUUGCAUUUGUGAAAUUGUUUACUUCCUAUGUUUUUGAAUAACAAUACUUCCAGUCACAGCUCCCACUGCAGGUGAUUGAAAAUAGACUUUUUCUUCACUUUAUGUCUUAUUUAUCAUCGCAUUUUUAUCUGGCCUCUAAGUCAAAAGUCCCACUUUGUUUGCUUUUUUAAAAAAAUUGGAAACUUACCCAAAUAAUUAAAAUGCAAUUUGCUGCAAAAUAAAGACUCAUUUGAUCCUG